UCUCCACAGCUGGCUGAUGACCUGAUAAAUUGUAUGAGGUGUGUUGGAAUACCCGGAGUAUUUUUUACACCUUUAGAACGACCGAGACGGAACGUUUCCAAUAGAUUUGAUUCUUCCAAAUUGUGAAAAAAUGUAUGCAGUUUACCGUUGUCAUGCAAAAUACCAUUGGACUCUGAACACACCACAACGUGCAGUACUUAGUAGCAGCGUGUUUGUUUGCUCGGCGAGCUCGUCCACAACAUGGUGCAGUGAAGUUAUAUGUCGUAUAAUGAGAGAAGAAUAAAUCACUUGUAUCUAGAAUCGCGUGGGAAGCGAAGCGAAGCGCUGCCAAAAUGCCGAAGGAGCAGUUCCGAGAGACCGACGUGGCCAAGAAAAUAAGCCACAUUUGCUUCGGCACGCAAUCGGCUGAUCAACUGCGUCAGCAGGCCCACAUUCAGGUGGUCAGCAAGAACCUGUACAGCCAGGACAUAAAACACUCGCCGGUGCCUUAUGGAGUAUUGGAUCACCGCAUGGGGACCAGCGAGAGAGACCGACCGUGUUUAACCUGCGGGAAGAAUCUGGCUGAUUGUUUGGGACACUACGGCUACCUGGAUCUGGAGCUGCCAUGUUUUCACGUUGGCUACUUCAAAGCCAUCAUAGGAAUAUUACAGAUGAUCUGCAAGACUUGCUCGAGCAUCAUGCUGAGUAAAGAGGACAAGCUCCAUUUCAUGGACGUGUUGAAGCGGCCCAAUUUGCCCUACCUGCAGAAGCGAGGGCUGAAGAAAAAAAUCUCUGACAAAUGCCGCCAAAGAAGCGUUUGUCUCAAUUGUUCGGCGUUCAACGGGACGGUGAAGAAGUGCGGCCUGCUGAAGAUCAUCCACGAGAAAUACAAAACCACCAAGAAGGAUGCGGAGCCUUUCGUGUCCGAGUUCCUGCAGUCCUUUGAAACGGCCAUCGAGCACAACAAAGCCAUCGAGCCCCUUUUGGCGCGAGCACAGGAAAACCUCAACCCUCUGGUGGUGCAGGGCAUCUUCAGCCGCAUCCCCGAAGAGGACGUACCGCUGCUGCUAAUGAACCCCGAAGCGGGCAAACCGUCCGACCUCAUCCUCACCCGCCUGCUGGUGCCGCCGAUCUGCAUCCGGCCCUCCGUGGUCAGCGACCUCAAGUCGGGCACCAACGAGGACGACCUCACCAUGAAACUCACCGAGAUCAUCUUCCUUAAUGACAUCAUCAAAAAGCAUCGCGUGACGGGCGCCAAGACGCAGAUGUUCAUGGAGGACUGGGACUUCCUGCAGCUGCAGUGCGCGCUCUACAUCAACAGCGAGCUGUCUGGCAUCCCGCUCAACAUGGCGCCCAAGAAGUGGACCAGAGGCUUUGUGCAGAGACUCAAGGGCAAGCAAGGCCGCUUCCGAGGAAAUCUGUCGGGGAAAAGGGUGGACUUUUCCAGCAGGACCGUCAUUUCCCCGGACCCCAACUUGAGGAUCGACGAAGUGGGCGUACCCUUGCACGUGGCCAAAAUCCUGACUUAUCCGGAGCGCGUCAACAAAGCCAACCUGGAGCUCAUGAGGGAACUUGUCCGCAACGGCCCGGACGUUCACCCCGGGGCCAACUUCAUCCAGAGUCGACACAAUCAAAUGAAAAGGUUCUUGAAAUACGGCAACCGAGAGAAGAUGGCUCAGGAGCUGCGCUUCGGCGACAUCGUGGAGCGGCACAUGAAAGACGGCGACGUCGUCCUUUUCAACCGGCAGCCCUCGCUGCACAAGCUCAGCAUCAUGGCGCACAUUGCCCGAGUCAUGCCUCACCGGACUUUCCGCUUCAACGAAUGCGUGUGCACGCCGUACAACGCCGACUUUGACGGCGACGAAAUGAACCUCCACCUGCCUCAGACCGAGGAGGCCAAAGCCGAGGCUCUCAUCCUAAUGGGGACAAAAGCUAAUCUUGUCACACCAAGAAAUGGCGAGCCGCUGAUUGCUGCUAUUCAGGACUUCCUGACAGCUGGCUAUCUCCUCACACUGAAGGACACCUUCUUCGAUCGAUCCAAAGCGUGUCAGAUCCUGGCGUCCAUUCUCGUCGGCAAAGAUCAAAAAAUCAGGAUUGCGCUCCCUCGCCCGGCACUCAUGAAGCCCAUGGCUCUGUGGACGGGUAAGCAGAUCUUCAGCCUCAUCCUGAAGCCGAGCAAAGAUUGCCCCGUUAAGGCCAACCUGCGGACCAAGGGCAAGCAGUAUUGCGGGAAAGGCGAGGACCUGUGCCCCAACGACUCGUUCGUGGUCAUCCACAACAGCGAGCUGAUGUGCGGCAGCAUGGACAAAAGCACCUUGGGCUCGGGCUCCAAGAACAACAUCUUCUACAUCCUGCUGAGAGACUGGGGGCAGCUGGAGGCGGCAAACGCCAUGUCCCGCCUCGCUCGACUCGCCCCUGCGUAUCUCUCUAACCGAGGCUUUUCCAUCGGAAUCGGGGACGUGACGCCCGGCCACGGUCUGCUGAAGGCCAAGCGGGACCUGCUGGAUGACGGCUACCGCAAAUGCGACGACUACAUCGAAGCCCUGAAGACGGGCAGGCUGCAGCAGCAGCCCGGCUGCACGGCUGAGGAGACUUUGGAGGCGCUUAUCCUGAAAGAGCUGUCAGUCAUCAGAGACCGUGCGGGCAGCGCUUGCCUCAGGGAGCUGGACAAGAGCAACAGUCCUCUGACCAUGGCGGUUUGUGGCUCCAAAGGAUCUUUUAUUAACAUCUCUCAGAUGAUUGCAUGCGUGGGCCAGCAGGCCAUAAGUGGAUCUCGAGUACCGGAUGGUUUUGAAAAUCGCUCCCUGCCGCAUUUCAAAAAGCACUCCAAAUUGCCCGCCGCCAAAGGCUUUGUGGCCAACAGCUUCUACUCUGGCCUGACUCCCACAGAGUUCUUCUUCCACACAAUGGCCGGCCGCGAGGGUCUGGUGGACACGGCGGUGAAAACCGCAGAGACGGGCUACAUGCAGCGGCGUUUGGUGAAGUCCCUGGAGGAUCUGUGCUCCCAGUACGACGUGACGGUGCGAAGCUCCGUCGGCGACGUCAUCCAGUUCACGUACGGCGACGACGGCCUGGACCCGGCCGACAUGGAGGGCAAGGAUGAGCCCUUGGAGUUCAAGAGGGUCUUGGACAACAUCCGGGCGGUCUACCCGUGCGCGCACGAGCCCGCCCUCAGCCAGGGCGAGCUGGUCCUGGCCUCCGAUGGCAUCAUGAAGAAAGCCGACUUUGCGUGCUGCAGAGGCAGCUUUUUGGAGGAAAUUUGGAAGUUCAUCAAGGGCUUCUCGGAAAAGAUCAAGAAGACCAGAGACAAGUACGGCAUCAACGACAACGGCAUCAGUGAGCCAAAAGUCCUCUACCAGCUGGACCGCAUCACCCCGACGCAGCUGAAAAAGUUUCUGGAAACCUGCAGGGACAAGUACAUGAGAGCGCAGAUGGAGCCGGGCUCGGCGGUGGGGGCCCUGUGCGCCCAGAGCAUCGGAGAGCCCGGGACGCAGAUGACCCUGAAGACCUUCCACUUUGCCGGCGUGGCGUCCAUGAACAUCACUCUGGGCGUGCCUCGCAUCAAGGAGAUCAUCAACGCCUCCAAGAACAUCAGCACCCCGAUCAUCACCGCGCAUUUGGACAGAGAGGACGACGCCGACUUUGCCCGGCUGGUGAAGGGGAGGAUCGAGAAAACGCUCCUGGGCGAGAUUGCGGAAUACAUCGAAGAGGUUUUUCUGCCAGACGACUGCUUCAUCUUGAUCAAGUUGUCCCUGGAGCGAAUAAGGUUGCUCCAACUGGAGGUGAACGCCGAGACGGUACGUUACUCGGUCUGCAUGUCGAAGCUGCGCCUGAGGCCGGGCGACGUCAUCGUGCACGGCGAGGCCGUGGUGCGUGUGACGCCGAGGGAGAACAACAAAAGCUCCAUGUACUACGUGAUGCAGUCGCUCAAGGCCGAGCUUCCCAAGGUGGUGGUUCAAGGUAUACCCGAGGUCACCCGUGCCGUCAUCCACAUCGACGAGCAGAACGACAAGCGCAAGUACAAGUUGCUGGUGGAGGGUGACAACCUACGGGCUGUCAUGGCAACCCACGGCGUGGACGGAAGCAGGACCACGUCCAACAACAUCUACGAGGUGGAGAAGACGCUGGGCAUCGAGGCGGCCAGGUUGACGAUCAUCAAUGAGAUCCAGUACACCAUGGUCAACCACGGGAUGAGUAUCGACCGGCGCCACGUCAUGCUUCUCGCCGAUCUCAUGUCCUACAAGGGGGAGAUACUUGGCAUCACCAGGUUCGGCUUGGCCAAAAUGAAGGAGAGCGCCCUCAUGCUGGCAUCCUUUGAAAAAACGGCCGACCACCUCUUCGACGCCGCCUACUUCGGCCAGAAGGACUCCGUCUGCGGCGUGUCCGAGAGCAUCAUCACGGGCAAUCCCAUGAACAUCGGCACAGGCCUGUUCAAGCUGCGGCAAAAGACCGACAGGCCCCCCCUCCACGCCUUGACCAAAAGGCCUCUGCUGUUUGACAACCCCGACUUGCACAACAAUCUCUUCACGUAACGCCCGCCGGGGGCAAGGGAAAGACGACCUGUGACGCCGACUUGUAAGUGCCUGCUUAUGUCGCGUCAUUUCCACCAUCAUUGGAGAGCAACACUUGCUCGGUUUAAGGACAUGACAUCAUGACUUUGUUUACUUAUUUAUUUUUAAUAUAAACCCGAUGAUUCCCCUCGAGGCACGGGCGCUACACAAACUCCUUCGGGUUUCGCUAUGUCGUCUCCAAGGAGAACCAUAUCGCAGCCAUUUUUUCUUCAUUCGUCCGCGUGACGCGAAUAUGCAAAUUGUAUUUUUGAUGAAUCAUGAUGCUACUCUUAGUUUUUUUAAAGUGCAUUAUUAUGGAGUGCUUAUUUUUUGAUAAACUGCCAACACCCAAAAUAUAGUUUUUGGAGUUUAGAUAAACGGCCUUUCCACUCAUUUCAAAGGAGUGUUUUGAUUCAUGAGCGUGGGGGUGGAAGGAAAUGGAACUCAAACUCACUUGCUGGGUCCCCCCAC